AAGUAAUUCGGAUUGCAAUUCUAAUAAAACAAACCCUAAUUCAAAUUGCAUCCCCAAAUAUGUGCAUAGCUGUGUUCGCAUGGAAAAUCCACCCAAUCCACCCCCUCAUUUUAUUGCUCAACAGAGACGAGUACUACAAUCGGCCGACGACGCCGUUGGGGUGGUGGCCGGACGGCUUAAUACUCGGCGGAAGAGAUGAGCAGGCCGGCGGAACCUGGAUGGCUUGCAGCAGGGAUGGGAAGCUUGCUUUCCUCACCAACGUCAGGGAAGCCUUAUCCCGUUCACAACUCAAAAGCAGAGGAGAUCUCCCCGUUCGCUUCUUCACGAGCGGGAAAAGCCCCAAAGAAUUUGGUGAGGAGGUGUUGGAAGAAGCUGAUGAGUUCAAUGGAUUCAAUCUAAUCGUAGCUGAUCUUUGCUCAAUGAGCAUGGUUUAUAUUACCAAUAGGCCUAUGGAUGGUGGUCUCUCUAUGGAAGAAGUUUCUCCAGGUAUUCACGUGCUGUCCAAUGCAAAGCUCGACACGCCCUGGCCUAAGGCUCAAAGAGUAAGGCGUUGUUUUGAGGACGUGCUGGGAAAAUAUUCGGAGGCCGAAAUCUCACUAAAAGAGAUAACUAAAAUGGUAAUGAACGACACCACUAAGGACGAUAGCGACCUCCCUGGCAUUUACUCUCGUGAGUUCGAAUACCUCACGAGUUCCAUUUUCGUGGAGGCAGACACAGCUUCGGGACGAUAUGGCACGCGAAGCACUUCCGCAGUGGUUCUAAGAACUGACGGAGCUGUAUCCUUCUACGAAACGUACCUAGAAAAUGAUGCAUGGAGGGACCAUACAAUAAACUUCAGUAUUCAAACAGAUAAAACUGCACCUUAAUUUAGCCAAGCACAAGUUGUCUAUAUAUGAUCUUGUUACCCUUCAUUUGUACUAUAGUUAUGGAUAUGUUUGCCUUUUAA